GAUCCAGCCACUGCCGUCUACUUCCUAGCCGCUGCACUGCUCCGGUCACCUUUCGAGGCGGCCACAUCAAGAUCCGUUUCUCCUUUGCUCACGAUGCUGGCUCAACUCCUGUGCCAAUCGAUCGAAGCCGCUUCCACGCAGCUGGAGAAGCCAACCCUGAAAGAGGCAGAUGCCCUGGAGAGGCGAAACUUGAGAGCCUUACGAGGGCCUCUGCGCCGAUGGCGGGACCAGCUGCACGAAGGUUCAAAGAAUAGCCAAGUCGCAGUGUGGGUCAGCAAUUGCAUCGAGGUGCUGGAUGAGCUCUCGCUCUACUGA